GUCUCUGUCUUUGCAUUCAGGGAUGUACCGGUGUGGCCCUGCAUCAGUCCAGGCCAUCAAACACGGACAGAUCUGCUACCCGUUUGAUGCACCAUUUGUCUUUGCUGAGGUGAACAGCGACGUGGUGUUCUACUCCCGGAGCAGAGAUGGAACGCUGACCCCAGUCAGGGUGAACAUCAGCCACGUGGGCCGCAAGAUGCUGACCAAGGCUGCAGGAGGCAGGGACAGCCGUGACAUCACCGACCAUUACAAGUUCCCAGAGGGCAGCGAGGAGGAGCGCACCGUGAUGGAGAAGGCGGAGGAGUUUGGCUGUAACCGCGAGAGCGUGGUCCUGCCCGAGGCCGACGUGGUCCUGGAGCUGCCCCCUCUGGAGGUCAGGGUGGGUGAGGACUUCCACCUGACCCUGCAGCUCACCAACAGGAGCGAGAAGCGCCGCGUCGUCAACGGCUAUGUCAGCGGGACCGUGGUGUACUACACCGGCGUCACCAGCUCGGAGUUCCUGUUCAAGACCCCCCGGAUGACCCUUGACCCCAUGCAGACUGAGAAGGAGGUGGUGCCCGUGCUCUACAAGGACUACCAGAAACACCUGGUGGAGCAGUCCAACCUCCACUUCAUCGUCACCGGGAAGGUCAAGGAGACCGGCCAGAUCGUCACGGCGAUGAGAGUGGUCGCCCUUCGCAACCCCGAGAUCAUUGUGCAGGUGUCUGGAUUGGCCCGUGUCAGUGAGGAGAUGAUGGUGUUAGUGGAGUUCACCAACCCCUUCAGCUUCAGUCUGGAGGACGUGUAUGUGCGCAUGGAGGGGCCUGGAGUGAUGCUCCCCAAAAAGAAACACUACAGUCUGAUCACAGCAGGCCAGUCCAUUACAUGGACGGAGCGGUUCACCCCCAGGAGAGCAGGACCCACCACCCUGAUAGCCAGCCUGGACUGUGCUGCUCUCAGACAGGUGUACGGCCAGACUCAGCUCACCAUCCAGCCCUGAGGACGACACACCUGUUACCAUGUCUACCGUUUCAGAUCUUCUUCUCUAUCUCUAUCUAUAUUUCAAUCUCUAUCUCUCUCUCUCUAUCUUUUUCUCUAUCUAGUAGAUGAAAUACAAUCAAAACAGAAGAAUGUAGAACAAAUGUACCUGUUUUUUCUAAGCUUUCUAAAAAUGUACAUGUUUUAAAUUUUUCAUCUUCCACAAUAAAGGGAUCUACAUGAG